AUUUAAUAAUUAAGUCAUGGAUAAUAAAGAUCCUAUCACACCUGGUAUACUCAAGCAGAUGAUGGAAAUACAAGAUCGGGCCUAUCGCUCUUCGCUCCAGUUAUUUAUGAAUGACGUCAAAUCAGAAAUUAAAGACCCGAGGAAAGAUCUUAAUGAUGUUGUCAAAUCAAUUUCAUUUCUGAGCAAUGAUAACGAUUCAAUAAAAGUUGAGAUGAAAGCAAAUGCGGCUGCAGUAACGAACUUAGCACAAAAGGUAGAUCGAUUUGAGCAUUAUGUGAAUGAAGGUUUUGAGGACAUCACUGACCACACUGAAUAUCUGGAAAAUCAGUCCAGAAGAAAUAACCUGAAAAUCCUUGGCGUCCCCGAGAGUCCUGAUGAAAAAUCCUGGGAUGAAACUGAAAAGAAAGUCAAGGCUUUGGUAAAAUCUAAGCUUGGUGUCUCUGAUGAUUUUGAAAUAGAAAGGGCACACCAUGUCGGUCGUUUUCAAAAGAAUGAGAAAGGUCAUAGAUGGAUUAAUGACACCAACCAGAAGCCUAAACCAAGGCCCAUUGUUGCAAAGCUGCGAUCUUGGAAAACAAAAGAAAUGAUUGUGAAGAAGGAACGUCAAGUGAAACCAAAGGGAAUCGUGUUCUUCAAUGAUUUGUCACAAAGAACAUUGAUGAAAAGUAAAGGCCAAGUCAACGACCUCAUAAAGGCAAGAAAGAGGGGCAAAGAUUCUUUCUUUGUUCUUGACCGUCUAAUUAUCAAAGACAAGCCACCUGAUGUAAAUAUCAGUCAUUCAAGCAAUGAGGGAAAUGCUGCUGAAGCAGUCGUAAGUGACAAUGAAAUUACUUUCAAGGACUAAAAGUAAAACUUCAAGGACUGUCAUUCAAUUAAAGUUGUGUUUCUUUCAGUUUAGUUCAUUUGAAUGUAAUUAUUGGCCCUAAUGGUUAGAACUCCAAAAUAUCCAUGUGGCAUCUGCCACAAAAACGUGAACAAAA